CAUGUAUUACAGACCGUCCCGGGACGUAGUGGAGGUAGGUCCUGUGAUAACGGCCGCUGGUGACACUGUUGUUUCUGUUGAACGGGGUCAACCCAUGCCUUCUUACCAGCUAGAACAUGUCGCGUCUAAUGUUUGGAUUUCCAAGCGUGGUGUGUGUGCUUUGCUGGAGUCUCUCUGACGUCGUUAGCGGGUUCAACCUCGAUACAGAUCGGGCUGUCGUACGCAGCGGGCCCGAAGGAAGUUACUUCGGUUUCUCGGUGGCGAUGCACAAAACACCCGAGGGACGGAAAGUGCUGCUAGUCGGAGCCCCCCGCGCCAACUGGACCCACGCCCCUGACCUGGAGCGGCCCGGCGCGCUGUACCGGUGUCCCCUGGACUCCCACAACUGCAGCCAGGUCGUGGUGGACACAGAAGGCUCACGCAGUGGUACCAAGCGGAUGGUGGAGAUCAAGUACAGGGACAACAAGAACAACAUGUGGCUGGGCGCUACCGUCCGGACCCACCAGGACAGGGUGGUGGUUUGCGGCCCUAUGUGGAAAAACGCAUACUUCCGUCGUUACACCAUCCUCAAUGGGAUCUGUUAUGAGAUGGACGCCAGUCUAAAAACGGACACGGUACAAAAACGGAUGCCAUGUCUUGGGGACCAGCCCACCACCGUCACCCAUCCCCUGGGACACCAGAUUAACGAGGGUGGGGACUACACCUACGGGAAGUGCCAGACAGGACUUGCCGCGCUCUACACACAAAAUGGUUCAAAGCUUGUACUAGGAGCACCUGGAGGUUAUGACUGGACAGGGACAUUGUCCACAUAUACCGGCAGCUACCAAACUACAGGCCACCCAGAAACCUGGGACCCCUGGCCAGAAGGAGGGGCAGUAAAGCAGCCACAUGAUAGCUACAUUGGCUUCUCAUUGGCUGCUGGUAAGUUCUUCGGGGAUGGUGUGGAGUACAUCGCGGCAGGUGCACCCCGACACCAGCACCGCGGGGCAGUCGUGUUCUUCCAGGAGACGACAGGAAAUGAUGGUGCCUUACAACCAACAAACACUCUCAAGGGGACCCAGCUGGCCUCAGGGUUUGGCUACAGUAUGGUGGCAUUGGACCUCACAAAUGACGGGGUGACAGAUCUGCUUGUAGGAGCCCCUGUCUACCUGGAAAAGGGAGUAGGUGGAGCUGUGUACUUGUACAGCACAAGAGACAAGGCCACUUUACAGCUGGUAACCAUGCUGACUGGACCUCCUGCCUCUCACUUUGGACUGUCAUUAUCAUCAGCAGGGGAUCUCAACGGGGAUGGCUUCACAGACAUUGCUGUUGGUGCCCCGAAUGAGGGAAGCGGUGCAGUUUACAUCUACCAUGGCACCAAAAGUGGACUUAAGGAGAACUAUGCACAGAGAAUCAGUGCCGAGGACGUAGGUGUGCCCAACCUGGCCAGUUUUGGUUGGUCGUUGUUGGGUGAUGUGGAUGUUGAUGAUAACAGAUGGCCUGACCUUGUAGUGGGGUCUCAUGGAACCGACUCUGUGCACAUCCUACAGUCUCGUCCCCUGGUUCCAUAUCAGGUGAAUGCAUCCUUGUCACUGGAUCCCUCAACGCCUGACCCUGACAUCAGAUGUGACUUGGGUGGCAAAAACUACACCUGUUUGAAGUUGAAGCUAGAGUUUUUGUACUCAGGACCAGGAGCAGCAGACAGCUAUGUGGAUCUUGACUACACGGUGGAGGCUGACAGCCCCCGGGACCAGCUGGGUCUGGAGAGGAGACUGUUCUUCCCUAACCAGUCCUCCACAUACAAGGCACAGGCACCUCUCAGGGUCUACCUCAAACAUGUCAAGUCCAAGACCAUCACAGUAUACAUCAAGGAUAAAUUUGAAGAUACCACUGCGCGAGUUCCCAUAAUUCUGGAGUUCUCCAUAUUCCGCGCCCGUCGAAGGUCACUAUUCCCUCCUGUGGACGACAGGGGUGUUCUCCCAGCAGUGGAUGACUACCCCCUACUCCAGAGCACUAGUGCUCACAUAUAUGUGAAUCUAACAGGUGGCUGCAUGUGUAGGAAUGUACGGAUCAAGAAGUCAGAUGACUGUUUCCACUGUCCGGGAGAGAGAAGCACCCUGCAGUUUACAGAGGACCAGUCGUUGACCCCGCCUGGUGCCCAGCAAGGGGACAUUGUCCGCCUGCAACCUCAAAGGGUCGCAAUUGACCUUCGACCAGGGAGUCGAGUAUCAUUUGAUCUGCAGGUGAGGCGACUAGAAGACUACCCCAUUGACCUGUACUACCUGUUGGACAUGUCCAAGUCCAUGCAGGAAUUCAGAGAUGAGCUGACCAAGCUGGGCAAACAUCUGGCCCGCAAGUUAUCUGAGAAGACAGAGAGCUUCCGCCUUGGCCUGGGGGCAUUUGUGGAGAAACCAGUGGAUCCCUUUGCAUUCACUGCAUUUUACUUUGACAAGAAGAAGGGUCAGAUGGUCUACAAACUGGAAGAGCCAUGUGCAGGCUGUGUCGGGCCGUAUAUCUUUAAGAACGUCCUGCCGCUGACCAACCAGACUGACCGCCUGGGAGAGGUGGUCAGAUUCCAGAAGAACUCCAGCAAUGCGGACCUCCCAGAGGGUGUCCUGGAUGGGAUGCUGCAGGCCACUGUGUGCCAGGGACCAAUAGGGUGGAGAAAGCAGGCUACCAGACUCCUCCUGGUGGCCACAGAUGCCGGGUUCCACUAUGCUGGGGAUGGGAAGCUAGCUGGGCUGGUCACACCAAAUGAUGGGCGAUGUCAUGUUGGGUCAGACGGAAACUUCCUCAAGGAUGCAGUGGACCAGCAGGAUUUCCCCUCAGUUGCCCAGCUAAAGGGACUACUGGAGGAACACAACACGAUGAGCAUCUUUGCUGUCACACAGAGGAGUCUGCACAUCUAUGAGGAACUCAGUCAGCUACUGGAGGGCUCUACUGCAAAGCUGUUGGCCAAUGAUUCCUCCAACCUUCUGGACCUAGUUAGUGAUGCAUAUGAGGAGCUGACCUCCAGGAUUCGCCUCCUCACCAAGAGUGUGCCGCCCGGGGUGGACCUGUCAAUCACUGCCAAGUGUCCCCAUCAACCCAACAGCACUGCCUCCUCCGAGUGCCACCCUGUCUUACUGGGAGAAACAGUAACGUUUACAAUCACAGCAGAGGUGGACCCGUCCUCAUGUCUGUCUGCACCGGAGGUUUCCACAGUAACCAUACAGCCCGUGGGGUACAACGAGUACCUGACCAUCGACUUACACAUCUCCUGUACAACCUGUCUGUGUCAGUCCCCAGAGAAGCCUUGCAGCUGUGAGGCCACGUCUGCCCACAGUGGCGAGUCCGCCAUCCUGGCCUGGCUGUCGGAGUAUUACUGGGUGGCUGCAGUGCUGGGGGCCAUGCUGCUGGUGACUGCCGUGCUUGUCUUCACGCUGCUCGGCAUGAGGUGUCGGGACAAGCAGCCCCGCAUGGACGAGGCCAUGGCACUGGCCAAUGAGAUUGAGAUGAAUGGUCAUGUGACCACAACAUACUCUCGGCAACAGCAAGGGGGCCUGGAAGGUACACAAGCAAAUGAGUACGUCCCAGAGGGAGCAUUUGCUGCAUCCCCAAGCACCCCCUUGGAACUGGAGGAGACCAUCCCCCUAUUCCUACAAGACAUCCUCAUCGACAGGGAGAGGGUGUUCCUGGAGGCUGUCAUUGGCAAGGGAUUCUUUGGACUGGUCUUCAAAGGAAAACUGAAGUCAGGUGAAGGGAAGGAUGAGAUGGAUGUAGCAGUCAAGACACUCAAACAUGCGUCUAACUCUGAUGAGCUGGAGGCGUUCCUAGGUGAGGGGAUCAUGAUGAAGGACUUUAACCACCCCAACGUGCUGACCCUGAUCGGGGUGUGCAUGGCUGCGGAGGAACCCCCUCUGGUCAUCCUGCCCUUCAUGGCACACGGCGACCUCGCCACCUUCCUCAGGGACCCAGAUAAGACCCUAACCCGACGGGACCUGCUCACAUUUGGUCGAGAUAUUGCCCGGGGAAUGGCGUACCUAAGUGACCUUAAGUUUGUGCAUCGAGACUUGGCUGCAAGGAAUUGUAUGUUGGAUGACACCUUGACUGUAAAAGUGGCAGACUUUGGCCUGUCCCGUGACAUUUAUGAGCGCGAGUACUACAGCAGUGGGGACAAGCGAGCCAAGCUCCCUGUCAAAUGGAUGGCCAUCGAGAGCCUGACCGAGGGGAUCUAUUCCACCAAAACUGAUGUGUGGUCAUAUGGAGUGGUAUUGUGGGAGAUCUGGACACGAGGAGUCAUCCCGUACCCUGAUGUGGACAACAUGGACGUGACAGAGUACCUGCUGCAGGGCCGCAGACUGCGCAAACCCAGGCACUGCCAGGAAGCACUGUAUCAGACCAUGCUGCGCUGCUGGUCAUCAGAGCCCGAAGACCGUCCGACAUUCUCCGAGCUGGUGGCUGAGAUGGAGGCCAUCCUGUCCCGUACCUCCAGCGACCUGACCCCUGAUGAUCACGUCUUGAUGCAGCAGCCAGCUGUUUACGUCAACAUCCCCAAUGGAAGAACAAACUCCUUGUGGUGACAUGCUCGGUGCAUUCAGGGUAAAAACAAACAAACAGCAAAGACAUUUGCUUAAAAAGUGUCAUGCAAUAUCAUUUUACUGCCAUGUUUGCUUAAUCUCCAAGCAGAUCUAGGGUGGAUGGACAGUAUCCAUGAGACUAACAGUAUCCAGCUGGCCACCAUAGCCUAUAGUGGCUGGCUGGAUAUUGUUUGGUGACCAUAUACAUUUUUUUUGUACAUGUAGAUCUGCUUGGAGGUUAGUGAUUCUGAUGAUUCCCACUCCCAAUUUGGGACAGAAUACAGUAAAUGCAGCACAUAAUAGUCUUGUAAAAAAUCUGAAAAGAAUUCACUGUAAAUACAGACUGGAGAUGCCAUCUUUCCAACAAAGGUGAGUUAGUUUUCAAGUAUCUUCAGGACAGGUUUUACAUUAAAUGUCUCACUGAAUUUCCGUAAAAAACUUCUCAAUCAUAAGGGAUUAAAGGUAGUCCCAAACUUCUCACAGUAUGUGCCUUUGUAAAGAACAUGCCUUGUAUAUGAAAGUAAUAUGUAGUAUGAUAAAGAUACAGGUACCCAGAGGUACAAAUAAUCAUGUGCCUCAUAUAAUUUUUCCACAAAUUUCCUACAUUUUGAGGAUAUGUCUACCCCUUAUGUGCAUGUAAAAGAAGUGGAAACUUUUCUCAGAAAACUUUUCCUCAGUAAAACAUAAGGCAGGUAUUGUAUAAUUUCUAUUAAGUGCUUCCAAGAGGCAACUAGAUUAGUAGCCUUUACUAAGGCUUUGUGUACAACACAAGUAUUAAUGAUACUUAUCAUAGAACUUAGCUAUUAAGAACUUUCAGAACAUAGAAAAACUUUGCAUUUGUGAUUCUGUAUCUGCCUUGCAAAAAUGGAGCAGAUGGCUGGUUGCCUUUUUAAGGUUCAACGGAAUAUUUUAGUAAUGAUAAUACUAAACAUGUUCUUUACACCAGAAAAGUAGCUUUUGUAACUGAAAAGUGUAUUCACCCAAUAUGAUAGAUUUGCUGGGUAUGUUGUUGAGGGUAUAGAUACAAUAUACAUAUAACAAUAAUCACAAAUAAAAUAGUGCUUUACUGUGAUGAAUGUGAGCAGGCUGUAAUAACCCUCAUGUAGGUUUAGAAUUAUAUAACAUUGUAGACUUUGUUAAUCUGAGUACCACAUUUUCUCAAUUAAAUUACACACCCCAAAUAGAAAGCAUCCUGAUUUGGGGCAAGUUUCAGACAAAUCUAUUGGUCUGAAAGGUAAAAUAGAAAAAACUUGUACUGGUAAAGUUUGUACGCCUUCUCUACCAAUCUUGAACACGUCUCUGACUGGAUAAAUUUAAAUCUAUGUCGUCUUCUUGUCUUUUUCAAGAAAUUUUGCAUAAACCUCAUCAUUUUCCUACAAACUUAUAAAUCACCUACAGCAGGUUAUAAAAACCAUUCAGAAUAGAAGAAAUGUUUCACACAAAAAGCAAUGUGUACAAUGUACGAUGUGUAUUCAUCCAUCCAAUAACCUCAAACAGGGUAUGCACCCAAUCUUUGGCAACAACUUGCAGCACCUACAUUUUGAAAAGUAUCCAAAGUGCGUAGCUUAUUUGAGGAAAUAUGGUAAUACACAUACAGGACUGAUUAACCCAUGCUUAGUACAUUCCACUCUCAAAUAGCAAGGCAUCAAACAAACAAACUUAUAAUGUUUAUGUACAAUAUGGUAUCUUUGGUAUUUUCUCCACAUGAUCUCAGCAGUGUGAAUGCAGAACUAUUUUUUGAUAGAAAGGCAGUUGAAUCGUGUUCCUGAGGUCAAAGGUUUGAAUGUCGUACAAGAAAUAGGGACGUAAGUUCCUGUUCUAUUCCUAUAUCCUGGGAAACAAAAUUAUUAGAUGGAGAUCUAUAUUUGGCUCAUUUUGAAUUCAUCAGAUGUAUCACAUUUUUUUAUAAUUGUUCUACAGUCCCUAGACUGUUGACUAGUAAUGAUAAUAGAUUGUGAACAUUUAGUAAAGAGCUGAGUGUCUUAUAUUUGUAUGAAAUAUGUGCCUUAAACACCUUAAUCCAUAUAUUAUUUAUGUAUCAGUAGCAAUAAGAGUAGGAUUGUACGUGCCAUCAUUACUGCCAGUAUUUAGUACGUAUAAAACAUAAGAGUAAUAGGCUUUAGUAUAUACAAUGUGUUAUGACAUGCUUAUUGGUAACAAAAUGUUGCUAUUGUUUGUUACAAAGCAGGAACUAUAGUACAGUUAAAUGAUAUAUUGUUAUUGUGACACACUUUCGUGAAACGAGAUAUUACACAUAGGUUGUUGUGAUGUGUGUUGUUUGUUCAACAUUCAGUUUUGUUUCUCUGUUCACUUGUGGAAAAUGAUUGAAUUCAUGUUUCUUAUUUGCGUUACAUUAGUUACAGUUACAGUUCAAGUUACAUGACAUUGUACAGAAUAGUUCCUUUUGAAAGUGGUAAAGCACGUAACUAGGAUAUUAUAUAUUGUAUGACAUAUUGAUGACUCAGUCAUGGCAUAGGUACAGUCACUCUGGAGGUCUUCAUGUUGAAGAUAUCUUUACCAAUAAGCAUUACAACAGCUCUUCAUGAAAUGUUUUAAGUUAUAAUAACAAAUCUAACCACACAUUUUACCAGAUAAGCCAAUUGUAAAUACUACUCAUGUGCAGACAAGGCAGGUCCUUGUUUUGUUGCUACCACAUGUUGCAUGUGCAUAUUUGCUCAGUUUUUAUACAUCAUGUUAUAUUGGUCCCAUUUGGUUUUGUUCUGUAUAUUAUAAGUCAUUUUUAUCACACAUUAUACAUGGCUUUAUUGUAAACAUUUGCCAAGAAUCAAUAAACUCAACUUAAAAUCAA